AUGGCCGACUGGAGCGAGCAUGCCCAUUAUGCCAAUCCAAAUGGGCCUAUGGGCCUGCCCCCAGCCGUAACGGCACUCGCAUUCGACCCAUACAGCGAACUUCUCUGGCAGGGCACAUCCUUCGGCAUCCUUUCCUCGCUCUACUCUCCACAGCUUUCCCGCUAUACUUCUUAUCCAGCACACGGUCUACCCACCCGCCCAUCACCAACCAAAGCCAUCCUAGCAGACGAACGUCACAUCUACUCGAUCGCUGACAAUGGUAUCAAGUGCUCUCAGCGUCGUGGUCUUGCGAAAUGGACAACGCUAACCCAAGACAUGGGCGCUGAUGCGAUCAACUUGGCCUCCAUGUGUGCUUCUCCACUAGCUGCUUCCUCCGAUAUCAUUGCUGCCGCUUUGUCACAGUCGGCAGCCAACACGGGCGAGAUCGAUAAUGACAACGAUCUCAUCCUCACAGUCAACAACAGCACCGGCGCUCUAGUCCGAAGUGUAGCCUCAGAGGCUCCAAUCCUCCACGUUCGCAAGAGCGGCCGCUACCUCUGCGCUGCCACUGUCAACGGUCAUAUUCAGCUCCGCGAUCCUCGCUCCCUCAAAGUCGAGCACAGACUUCACGCCCAUCCUGGUGGUCUCGUCGAUGUCCAGGCUGAUAGCCACAUCCUCUACUCGGUCGGUUGGACCGUUCGUCAAGGCCAUCCUGUUCCAGAACCACUCAUCAAGGUCCACGAUCUUCGUAGUAUGCGUGCGCUGGUACCCAUCCCCUUCGCAGCUCCUGGUGGGCCCUCAUUGCUUGCCAUCCACCCGAAACUGUCAUCCACCGUCAUCGUUUCAGCACCACAGGGUCAAUUCCAGAUCGUCGACAUUGCAUCUCCAGGCGAAGGCCGAUUCUUCUACACCAACGCCACCUCCUUCACCACUUCUCUUGCCAUCUCCCCCUCCGCAGACUACAUUGCUUUCGGUGAAGCUGACGGCAGCGUUCGACUUUGGAGCAGCUCAUCCGACACCUCUAACCUUCGCUUCAACACCUUCAAUUCCUCCUCGCUCGAGUUUCCUGACAUCGCAGAACCAACGCCCUUCGUCAAUUGGUCAACCGAAACUCCGCUCUCCUCAAUUGGCAUGCCCCACUACAACGAGAAGCUCAUGUCCUAUUUCGACUACGAUCAGUACCUUUCCGAGGCUUCGCCACUUUUCAAUCCCCCAUCAAAGAUCGACCCUGCUGUGUUGAGCAACCUCAAGACGGUCGACUAUCUGGGUUAUGCCAGCCUGCCACCGCAUUUGAGGGGCAAGAGGAACGUCGUAUCUGGUAAAGGACCGGGUGGCAUUCGUGCAAGUGCAUUGCACAGGCCAGAGGAUAGAAAGAAGAUCGGCAUUCCACUCUUCCGCAGUGAGAAGGAGAAGGAGCAGAGUAAGAAAGCUGCCGCUGCAGGUAUUACCCCGGCGGAUAAGAAGAAGAAGAAAGCAGAGAAGAAGAGAGCCGUGGCUGGAUCAGAUAGUCUCUCCACUUCGACGGAUUCCAGGCCAGAACGAGAAGCUGCUUCGGACAGCAGACCAGCAUCACGCGCCGCAACCGCAACAGCUCGCUCAAAGUUGGCGCAGUCCAAACAAGAUAGCCCGACUGAACAAGGCCGAGAUGAAGCUGCAGACAAUGACGCGCAUGCACAACAGGACUUUGACGAGGAGACCACCGACGACAGUGAUGCAUCCGACCAAGAGGAAGGGCAGGAAGACGUCGAGACAGCCGAACUCAUGCUCUCCAAAGGUCAAAUGCCUUCCUACUAUCGACUCAAGACCAUUCAGUAUUCGCGUUUUGGUGUCGAAGACUUUGACUUUGACUUUUACAACAAGACCCAGUACAGUGGUCUCGAGACGCACAUCCAGAACUCCUACGCCAAUUCGUAUUUGCAAGCUCUUCAUUACCUGCCCCCCUUCAGAGAGACGGCAAAGGCGCAUAUCCUGCAAAACUGCCCGCGAGAGAAUUGUCUGCUUUGCGAAGCAGGUUUCUUGUUCCGCAUGCUCGAAGACGCAAAGGGUGCCAACUGUCAGGCGUCCAACUUCUUGCGUGCAUUCGGAAACAGUCACAAGGCCGCCAGUCUCGGGUUGAUGGACAGAGAGGAUAGCCUGACGAAUGUCUCAAGUGCAAGUGGAACAGGAAAGAACGACAUUGUUUACAGUCAACUUGCACAGACCCUCAAUCGCUUCGUCUUGGACUGCACGGCCGACGAGUCUCAAGGUUUGCAGGCUGACUUUGCCGGUGGAUUGGAUGUCACACCGACCCGUGCAUCAUCAGCUGGUGCUCCACCCGGUCUCGGCCCUCCGUCCAGCAACAACCGCGGAGGACCAGCCGGACGUAGACUGCCCGGUGAUCCAACUUCGCCAACAUCUGCACUACCACCGAGCGAGUCGACCGUUCCAUCAGGCGCAUCAUCUGCAGUCGCCAAGCUCUUCGCUCUCAACACGGUCACCAAGACGGUCUGCAUACAUUGCGGACGCGAAUCGAACCGCAACAGCCCUUUGCUCUCUGUCGACCUCAUUUACCCUCCUCGACCCAUCUCGAACGAGCCUGCGCCGCCAUGCGAUUUUGCUUCGGUGCUGCGUGCAUCGCUCGUUCGCGAGGUGCAGAACAGGGCGCCAUGUCGCGCAUGUCAGUUUACAGCCAUGUUCCGCACUCGUCGUGUAAUGCCUUCCCCGUCCGAGUUGCCCAGGCUUCUGUCAGUCAACGCGGCCAUUCAGGCUCCCGAGCAUCUGCACUACUGGUUGGACGACAAUCAGAAGGGUAAGAGCAAGGCGACUCCCAUGGCACCUGGUCGUGGACAGGUACCAGUGCAGCAACAACAGCAACCAUAUGGAAAGAUGCCAUACAUGGGCAUGCUCGGCAACAACAACAACAACAACCGUCGAGGCGGAGCCAACUCUGCCUUGCCUACAGGCUCGCGCGAUUCUGCGAGUGAAGGCAGACGCAGCUACCUCCCACCACGCAUCGCAAUUGGUGUGUAUGGCGACGAUGUGCGCGUGCUUGCCAUCUACACACAAGCAGAUGUCGAAAGAGCCAAGGCAACACUCGGUGAUCAGCCAGCGAUCUACAAAUUGCGAUCGAUGGUAGCGCAGAUCUCAGUCGACAAAGAGCAGCCGCAUCUUUGCGCCCUUGUUCGUGUUCCCGAAGCCGAGCCUUGCUCUACUCAGCUCAGCGCUGAUGGUGGUGCUGGUGCGACGACCCCACGCAUGGCCAACGCAGUGGCAGGUGCUGCCGGAUCGACCAGCAAGAAGAGUAAGCAAGCCAAAGCAAGUCAGCUAGGACCCUGGUACUUGUUCAACGACUUCUUGGUGCGCAACAUCUCGGAAUCGGAAGCGCUCAGUUUCCCGAAUAGCUGGAAGAUCCCCUCAGUCCUCAUGUUCGAACGCGAAGAUCUACCUCCUCUUCCCAUCGCCGAGCUUCGACAAGGUCGAACUUGCAUCGACCCGACCAUCUUGUGUCGUGACUUUAACAUUGCAAUCCAUCGCGAUCCGAAGAGAAUUCGUCACAGCUUGCUGGAAGAAAGCGAGCUACCAGGCCCCGGAACAUUGGUCGCGAUCGAUGCCGAAUUCGUCGCACUGAACCAGGAAGAACUGGAGAUCCGCUCAGAUGGUACGCGGUCAGUCAUUAGACCAACCAAGCUCUCUUUAGCCCGAGUAUCCGUAGUUCGAGGGCAGGGAGAAAAGCAAGGAGAAGCCUUUAUCGACGAUCACAUCUACACUCCCGAUACCGUUGUCGACUAUCUCACUAAAUUCUCCGGCAUCCUGCCUGGCGACCUCGACCCCAAAACAUCACGACACACCGUCGUCCCUCUGAAAUCGGCCUACAAAAAGCUCCGGCUACUCGUCGAUCGGGGAUGCAUAUUCAUCGGUCAUGGACUCAAAAAAGAUUUCCGUAUCAUCAACAUCUUGGUGCCCCCCUCUCAAGUCAUUGAUACCGUCGAUCUCUACCACUCGGCCAACCACGCACGACGGUUAAGUUUACGAUUCUUAUCUUGGUUCUUGCUGAAAAUCGACAUUCAAUCGGGUGCAAGCGCAAAUAACCAGAUCACAGCAAAGCAGGAACAACAGGCUUCCCAAGCUUCAACACCAGGGAGAGAGGGAAAGAGUGCGAUGCACAAAGUAUCGCAGUCUGCUUCGGGUGCAGGUUCGGUAGCCGUGGAAGGUGGACACGAUUCCAUAGAGGAUGCGCUGGCAGCAUUGAGACUGUUCAGGAUGUACGAGAUGUUUAAGGCGGCUGAUAGAUUAGAGGAUGUGUUGGAGGAUAUUUAUCAAGUGGGUAGGAGGUUGAAUUGGAAGCCUCCUAAUGCGGCUUAG